GAGUUUAAAAUAUUUGCAAUUAAUUGUAAAACCUACGGUGUUUGAAUAUUUUUGUAACAGACUGUAUCUGUAUACAAGAAAUUAUGUGACGUUUAAAUGAUACAUCACAUUACCAAGUAUCGUGAGUUCUUGAUAAUUUACUCAGAUGUUAGCCAACGUGCUUCGCGCGAUUUGGAGGUAAUAUAGUAAAACGAAAAAAACGCGCUACCACCUGAUAGUUUUAGGUUAUAUUUUGUGAUAUUUGUCAAAUAAUAAAAUAUGCGUACUAUUAUUGCGAUAUGUUGCGUCUUCCUGGGUUGUUGUAGUAACGUCGUCUUCCUGGAACUUCUUGUUAAAGAUGAUCCAGGUAGCGGAAAUCUUAUUACAUUUGCACAAUUCCUUUUUAUAUCAAUAGAAGGAUUUCUAUUUACUUCAAAAUGUGGAACUGUAAAGCCCAGUAUAGGAAUAAAGGAUUAUUUUAUAUUAGUAACAAUGUUUUUUAUUACAAAUGUUUGUAAUAAUUAUGCAUUUGAUUUUAAUAUACCAAUGCCAUUACAUAUGAUAUUCAGAGCUGGUUCUCUGAUAGCUAAUAUGAUUAUGGGUAUUAUUAUUUUAAAAAAAAAAUAUGCAUUUAGUAAAUAUUUGUCAGUAUUUAUGAUAACUCUUGGAAUUGCUAUUUGCACUAUUGUUAGUGGCAAAGAAAUUAAAUCUUUACAACCUAAAAGUCUUGAGCAAGUAAUUACUACACCAUGGGAUGAUUUCUUUUGGUGGAUAUUAGGAAUAUCAUUGUUAACUAUUGCUUUAUUUAUAUCUGCAAGAAUGGGCAUUUAUCAAGAAGUGCUGUUCCAAAAAUAUGAAAAAAAUGCAAGAGAAGCUUUAUAUUAUACGCAUUUAUUGCCUUUACCAUUUUUUUUGACAAUGGCUCCUAAUAUUUGGGAUCAUUUUAAAUAUGCAUUAGUGUCAGAUCCAAUAAAUAUAUCAGUUAUUGAUGUUUAUAUGCCAAAAUUAAUUUUCUACCUUAUAGGAAAUAUUCUUACACAAUAUAUGUGCAUUAGUUCUGUCUUUGUAUUAACAACAGAGUGUUCAUCACUCACAGUAACUUUAGUAAUAACAUUACGAAAGUUUUUGUCUCUAAUUUUUUCUAUAAUAUAUUUCAGAAAUCCUUUUACAAUCUAUCAUUGGUUGGGUACACUCCUAGUCUUUGUAGGGACACUGAUAUUCACUGAAUUGUUACCAAAGAUUGCAGAAAGUUUACAAUCUAGACAGAAAACUAAGAAAGUUCAAUAAUGAAUAGUUAAUGAAAUCAUUUAAAUGUUACAUAUUGUUAAAUUUAAUUGAAUAUU